AUGGAUUCAAAGAUUUUUUGCCUCUCGUUUCUCGCGGUUCUCCUAAUUAAUGGCUCGCGUGGGGCAAACAUUUUGGCAGUAUUCAGUUUUCCUGCUCCUUCGCAUUUGAUUGUUGAAAUAUCAAUGGCCAAGGUAUUGGCUGAGCAUGGACACAACGUCACAGUGAUCACAUCUCUGAAGCCGCAUGUCACUCACAAGAAUCUAAAUCUUAUAUACAUACCACUUACUGAGGAGCAGCGCAAAGCCCAUGAGGAAAGCAUAGCCAACAUGACUGAGAGAGACAAUUCUAACAUAAUUACAUCAAUGUUUCACAUGCGGAAAGAAAUUUUCGUAGUGAAUCAAAUAAACUGUGAUAUCAUGAAAAAUCCUCGAGUUAAAGAUCUGUACAAGAACAAGCAUAACAAGUUCGAUCUCGUUAUGAUCGGUUACUGCUUUAAUAGCUUUCAAAUAGGCAUAGCUCAGAAGCUGAGGGUGCCAGUGGUACUGGCGACUUCAAUGUUCCCAUCGGGAGUAUUCAACCCAAUGCUUGGCAAUACCCACUCACAAGCCUAUGUUCCAGCUAUGUUUCUUUCCGUUGAAAAAGGUCGAGCAAUGAGUUUCGGACAACGAUUGAUCAAUUACAUAACAAUCAAUAUGGUCGAGAUAAUUACGUAUCUUAUUGACAAAGAUAAUAAAAAAUAUUACGAAGAGGUCUAUGGAAAUGAUUUGAGUAUGCCAAAAUAUGAAGAUCUCAACAAAAAUGUAUCUCUCGUGCUCUUCAAUUCUCAUGGUCUGAGUGAAGGUCCCAUCCGACCCAACUUCCCAGGAGUAAUAGAAGUUGGAGGAAUUCAAAUUAAGGAAACACCCGAUCCACUGCCAAAGCCAAUUUUGGACUUUCUACAAAAUGCUACAGAUGGAGCUAUCCUACUUAGUCUGGGUUCCCACUUGAAGGGCGCCUAUUUAAAGCCAGACACAGUGCAAAAGAUGUUCAAUGUAUUGUCGAAGCUGAAACAGAAAGUCAUCUGGAAGUGGGAAAAUCUAGAUAAAAUUCCAGGCAAAUCAGAUAAUAUUCUUUACUCCAAGUGGCUGCCUCAAGAUGAUAUCCUCGCCCAUCCCAAAAUUAAACUCUUCAUUAAUCAUGCUGGACGAGGGGGCAUCACAGAGUCUCAGUUUCAUGGAAAACCCAUGCUCUCGUUGCCGGUGUUUGGAGAUCAGCCCGCCAAUGCUGACAAGAUGGUCAAGGAUGGAUUUGGACUCAGUAUGAGCUUGCUAACCCUGGAAGAGAAACCUUUUCAUGAUAACAUCAAAGAAGUGCUCGAGAAUCCCCAAUAUACAGAAAAAGUGAAAGCAUUUUCCCAACUCUUCCGAGAUCGUCCACUGACAGCUCGUCAAAGCGUGCUCUAUUGGAUUGAGUAUGUUCUGAGACAUCAUGGAGCAGCUCAUUUGCAGAGUCCGCUCGUCCACAUGAGUUUUAUAGCCGCCAAUAAUUUGGAUAUUUAUGCAUUGCUAAUUUGUCUCAUAGUCGUGUGUUUGCUUAUAGUUAAACACAUCAUUAGAUAUACUGGAAAGUCGAAUAGUUCAACGUAUGUGAAGAAUCCAAAGAAAGUGAAGACUAUAUAAAUUUAU